AUGUCAUUUAAUAAUAAAUUCAGAUUCAACAGACCUAACAGUUUGGAUUAUGAUCAUGAGUCUUCAUCAGUGGUAUCUAAUGUUACAACUUCGACAAGCAACUCUGCAUCUUCAAAUAUCCAUCCGUUAGAACUAAUUGUUCAGUCAAUUAUAGGACCUUCAAUAGAAUCUUAUUCAAAAAAAUUGAACAAUUUACAAGAGUCACAAAUGGUGUUAACGUCAAGAAUAAAAUUGUUACAAAUUAGAAUUGCAAAUAUUGACAAAGACCUUGAUCUAAUAGACUUAAAUCAGUUGAACAAUUUGGACAACGAGAUCAAUUUCAAAAUUAAAAUGCUUAAGGAAAAGCUUGUGGGAAUUUUCAAUUUGUUGAAAGUGAUUGAGAACAGAGUGAACAAAAUCAGCAACAACAUUAUCUUAGAUCAACAGGAAAGACUCAAAGAGCAGGUUGGCAGUACAAAGCAAAAAUGA